UCUGGGAAGACGUUUUGUUUCUUCGAAUCCCAAUUGUACAGCUGCCAAAUCGAGAGUUGAACUUGCGGUACAAUUGCAUAAUUACCUAGUGGAACUGUCCAUUACUAGCAACCCGCUGCGCAACAUGUCGGAUGCGAAGAAAACCGAUGCUAGUCAGCCGUCCGGAGGAUCGUCAAGGGACAAAGAGCUGGACGACCUGCUCGAUAGUGCCCUGGAAGAUUUCAGCAAACACAAGGAUGAUGCCAAAAAGCAGACGACCAAAGCGGACGGCGGGGAACAGCCAGAACAGCAUGAAGAUCCCCCGACGGAACAGCUGUGGAACGAAGAAUUCAUUGAUGCGCAGGCCAAAAUGUUUGAGCAACACAUGGCCUCCCUGUUCGGUGGAGGUGAAAAGGUCGACAGUGAUCAGAUCGCGCUUGGGUUUCAGCGAAUCGCCGAGGCUGCCGGCAUGGCAGUGCGAGCUGAAGGCGGUGGUGAUGGCCCGGUGGCGGCAGUAAACAGUAUCGAUCCAACGAUUAGCCAAAGCAUAAGCGACGCUCUGAAGUCGAUGAGCGAAGGUCGCGAAAACCUGCAGACACCGUUUAGCCCUGAGGAUAUGGCCAACAUGUUUGGCAAUAUCGAUCUCAAUGCAUCCGGUGAGAACAACGCCUUUUUGCCGUUCAUGCAGAGUAUGAUGCAGAGCUUACUGUCGGCCGAAGUUUUGCUGCCCAGUUUGCGCGAUUUGGUCGAAAAGUACCCGAAAUGGUUAAAGGACAAUGCAACCUCCGUGGCCAAAGAGGACAAGGAACGAUACGAGAAGCAGCUGGCUUUAAUGAAAGAGGUCUGCACGGAGCUGGAGAAGGAAAAAACGGACGACAGUGCGGAGGUGAAGCGGCAGAGAUUCCAGAUUGUGUUAGAAAAGAUGCAGAGCAUGCAGGACCUGGGUCAGCCGCCGACCGAUUUGGUUGGUGACAUGGUACCGGGAAACCUAAAUCUACCGACGUUAGAUCCUUCCACCUUCAAUGAACAGAACCCUUGCCCCAUUAGCUAACUCACGAAUGGAGCAGGACAGGAGAAGGUUAUUGUGCUAGACACCUUUUCGUAUGCGGCCGCACCAGACUCCCGGAAACCAGGCGCUCAAGCCCUGUGCGUUAUGCGUUCUUCUAUAGGAAUCGGUAGGGUUACUCUUGAUGUCUCUAAAAAUCUUUAAAUGGGCAUUUGGGGUCGGUGCUUUAGCUUCGUUAUCCUAAACUUAAUUAAUAAAGGCGCUGGAAGCGAUUUUUGGAAAUGACCAACAAAUGACAAAGCUACGUCCGGUUUUUCAUAAUUGAUUCUCUUUAUUACAGAAGUUUGUUCGUGAUUCAAUUGAUGCUUUAAUAUCUAAGAUCAAGCCUAGCAAAUAAACAAAUGGUUGUAAUGCUAAUUU